UUAUAUAGAGGUAAAAUAAUCUCGCAGCAUUAUAAUUACUGAAACUUAUUUGUUUUUGGAUAAAAUUGCUUGGAUUUAAAGCAUUUCAUCUCUGUACGAGUGUACGAGUUUAAUUAGCGUACCUGUGCUAGUAGUUCGGCGUCACCUCGAGCCCGCAAUUGAAAACUGUACGAACUUUACUGUGCAUCUUUUGAGCCAGGUGUGAGACGAACUGCGUUCCCCGUUCGUCUACAAAAAGGCCAUUUCACUUCCUGUGUUCUCCAGUAUUGCAAAAAACCUUAUGAGUCGGGGCUGACUUAAUUCUGUGAUAAACUGUCGUUUUACUCUGUAAAAAAUUAUAAGUUUUAGGAUUCUUUAUAUAUUAAUUUAUUUGUAAUAUGUAGACGUUCCGUAGAUUUCACGAACCAGUAAGGACAGUUAAUGAAACCGAUAGAGAGGCAAAAGUAAAUAUCAUGGUUUUUCACCGUGGCAGCGUCUGACCUCUUCCUAGGGAACACACAAGGUUUUCCAAGACCUUCCUCCCUAUGAAAAUCUGAAAGACUGUUUUUGACAUCCAGGAGAAAAUAAAAAUGAAAUUUUGGCUGAUCAUGCGACGAUGGAGGAAUACCGACGGCUUUGCCACCCUCUAUGGUUUUGUCAGAUAUGUGCCAUAUGUGGCUUUUAUCUUGGCACUGAAGGUCUACGUCAUGAUGCUUCUCAUACACUCAAGAGACAUGACAUCUGAUUAUGCUGAGUACGAUGAUUACUCUGCUAAAGUUUCCUCUCAGCAGCAAAAAACCACAACGACCACGGAAGAACCUGGGUGGCGAGAGAAGCAGGAGGUCUUGCAGCGCCUGAACACAACAAAGCUGGUGCCAUCAGCGACAAAUCGAACGCCAGAGACCAUCUGGCUCUUUUACAACAGGAUCCCCCGAACAGGUGGACAGACGAUCGUUUCUCUCCUGAAAUCUCUCUCGAAGGACCUGGAUUACCAGCAUCAGGAACAUGUGUACAGAACCCCAUGGCAGAGACUUAUGAGCGAUGAAGAACAGAAGAAUCUUGCCACUUGGUUCGAGUAUAACUUCUGGCCAAAGAGUUAUGAUAGAUUUUCCCUUUACAUUAAUUUUACUCAACAUAGAAGUGCAUAUGUAACACUGCGUCCAGCUUACAUAACCAUGGUAAGAGACCCUGUGGAAAAAUUUAUUUCAUAUUUUCGCUUCAAGAGAGUUGACCAACAGAGGGUUAAGAUGGAGAUGACUUGGAGGGAAAGAGAAAAACCUGGUGCAAGUCGUUCAUGGUACUGGAAAAAAUUGGAGGAGUGUGUACUCAAUGAAGACCCCGAAUGUUCCAUGAAAGAGGGUACUGAUGAUUUUCUGUCUGCUGUUCCUUUCAUCUGUGGUCAGCAUUCAUAUUGCUUAAAGCGUGGAGAACCAUAUGCAUUGCAGAAAGCCAAAUUUCAUGCAGAAUAUGAAUACUCUGUCAUUGGAAUAACAGAAGAAUGGAAUACUACCCUUGGUGUUUUAGAACAGUAUCUUCCUGCUUUCUUCAAUGGUGCAAGGCAACGUUAUUUUAGUUCAGAGUUUCAGAAUGAAAGGAUGGUGAACAAGAAUCCCAAAAAAUACAAAGAAGUUAGUGAAGAAGUGAGGACUGUCUUGAAGAACCGAAUGGCUUUAGAAUAUGAAUUAUACGAGUUCCUUAAGCAGAGACUUCACAGGCAGUACCUUGCUGUUGCUGAUAUUCUUAUGAAACCUACCACAGAAAUUCCCUCCAGAUCUACAGAAAAAGUGGAACUUAGCAACUGGGAUAGGCUUGAUAUAGAAUUAGGUCGUGGCAGAAAAGAUUAGUGUAUAUGCACAAUAAUUGCACAGUAUAAAGACACUCAUCAUGAGAUAUGAAUCCCUAAUAAAUUAGUGUAUUUA